GGGGGUUCUCCGUAACCAGCUGCAGCAUAAUGUGAUCCUCACUGCUCACCGUCAUUCAACUGCCGAUGCCUCGUACUUGCUCCUUGAAUCGGUGCUCCCGUGCUGCUGAUGUCACCGGCUCUGGAUGCUGCGCGAGGGGGAGAGGACAACUUUUAAGGCACCUUUCUCGUCCAUCCGCACACUUCGGAUUGGUUCGUUGGCCGUCAACAAUGGAAGGACUCCUGUUCUAGUGGAUGACUCAUUUGGGUUAUUCCCCCCCUUGGAGCCUGCUGCGUGUAGCUUCUUUUUUUCCUCAUCUUUCGCUCCAUCUGCGUCUUUCACCUCAGAAUCUCCGAUUCUGAGCCUGUUGGGGUUUUAUGGAGUGUUUGCGAGGCACGUGUGAAGUUUGGAAGAGCAAAGCGAGACAAGGCAUGACUGGAGGACCUGUGGAACACUGAGUCUUUAUUCCAGGCACGCGGUCCAGAUAUGAGCACGGUGUCCAUGGAGCCCGCGGUGCUCGUGGAAAGGGCUGCCAACGCCACCAACCCGCCCCUGAGCUCGCCCGAGGACACCGCCGCCACCUUCGCCAUCGGCACCAUCCUCUCCAUCAUGUGCCUCGUCGGCAUCUCGGGCAACAUCUACACCCUGGUGGUCAUGUGCCAGUCCAUGAGGACGGCGGCCUCCAUGUACAUCUACAUCAUCAACCUGGCCCUGGCCGACCUGCUGUACCUCCUCACCAUCCCCUUCGUGGUCUGCACGCACUUCCUGAAGGGCUGGCACUUCGGGGACGUGGGCUGCCGCGUUCUGAUCAGCACCGACUUCCUGACCAUGCACGCCAGCAUCUUCACGCUCACCGUCAUGAGCACCGAGCGCUACUUCGCCGUGCUCAAGCCGCUCGACACGGUCAAGCGCUCCAAGAGCUACCGCAAGGCCAUCGCCGCGAUGGUGUGGGCGGCGUCGCUGGUGCUGACCCUGCCCAUGAUCGUGAGCAUUCAUCUGGGCACCAAGGCCAUGUGCCAGUCCACGCUGUCCCCGCUCUCCUACAAGGUUUACAUCUCCUUCCUGUUUUGCACUAGCAUCGUAGCCCCGGGACUUAUCAUUGGCUAUCUCUACGUCCAGCUUGCGCGAACUUACUGGGUUUCGCAGACGGAGACAUUCAAACAGACCAAGAAGCUUCCCAAUCAAAAGGUGCUGUAUCUCAUCUUCACCAUCGUGCUCCUCUUUUGGGCCUGCUUCCUGCCCUUCUGGAUCUGGCAGCUGCUGGGCCAGUUCCACCCGUCGCUGGCGCUCUCCACCAAAGCCAAGCGCAACAUCAACUACCUGACGACGUGCCUGACGUACUCCAACAGCUGCAUCAACCCCUUCCUCUACACGCUGCUCACCAAGAACUACAAGGAGUACCUGCGGAAGCACAAGCGCUCGUGGUCGGCCGGCGGCUACUUCAACCGGAGGAGCCGCUUCCAGCGCUCGCCGCGCCGCUCGCCGUCCGCCAGCAGCCAGCAGUGCACCGAGAGCUUCAUGCUGACGCACACGGCCUCGCUGCGAACGCACAACAGCAGCUUGUGAGAUCUGUCCUGAACCAGGAACACAAAAGCACAUACUGAGGUUAAUACAACCCUGACCCUGAACGCCUCAUCAUGAUACAAGGACACAGAAGGCCUUUGGUACAGUAUUUGCGGAUCAGCGUUUUCGAAUUGGAUGACUACCAGCAGAUGCUGCUGCUUUUGACUCUGUAUAAGCCUGCAUCCCCAUCACAUCUGUAUUUAUUUGACCUGUGGCACAAGGAGACAAAUGUCUUACACAAGAGUUUGUCUUAUUUUAUGCAUUCUAUUUUUUAUUUCAUUCUCACAUUCUAUAUUGUUUUGCAAUGCAUGUGAAAUUGUCUCUGAAACUGUUCGGUGAUUUUGUCGGUGAUUGCCAAAAAAAAUAAAGGAACGUGUUUCAACACAAAACCACGGCUUCAGCUAUAGCAAGAGAGGGUUAGCUAGCGGCUAAUUAGCCUAGCUUAGCACAAGGAGUGGAAAGAGAACCCGACUGUCUUGUCUUUUUUGAUACAAAAGUAUCAGUUGCAUGGUUUGCAUAACUUUUCAGAGAAAAUAGUAAUGCUGAGAUACUAAGCUAGGAUUAUAUAAAGUUAAGAAAUGUGCACAAGCUUCCCUUUAAUUCAUGAAAACAUCACUAGGACUUAAUAGAAAAGUAAAGUCAACAUUCAGUAUAGAAGUUAAAUUAAUAAUUCUAUUUAAUUUCAUGUAUCUCAUCUGUUUACAGAUAUUUGAAUUUCUUUGCAUGUUGAAACUGCUGUUUAUUGUUGCUGUGCGAUCAGAACAACUGCUACCAAGUCCCAACUAAAAGCUGGAAAAGCCAACCGUGCUUCAUGUGUGAUUACUG